AUGGAAAUAUCACCUACUGUUAACACUGAAGAAAAUCAAUCAACUCGUCGUCCAAUAAUUCAUGUUUUUACUGGUUUUAGAGCCUUAGCGUGUCUAUGGAUAUUUAUGUUGCAUAGUGUCUCCACGAAAGAACUAGAAAAUCUUUUUUUAUUACAAUUGAUGCCACUUGGUGGAUCAGCAGGUGUUGUAUUAUUUUUCUGUUUGAGUGGUUUUGUCAUGGUUUGGACUUAUGGUGAUUGUAAAUUUAAAUCAGCCAAAUGUUAUUGGUCUUUCAUCGGAAGACGAGCAGCUCGUUUGUUUCCACUGUAUUAUUUUUCACUAUUUUUAUCUAUCUAUGAUAUCCGAUAUGUAUGGAGAAAAGAUGAACCAUGUACUAAAACAAAUGUGAUAUUUAUCAUGUUGACUCUAUUCACCAUACAAACAUGGGUUCCUUAUAAUUUUGGUAGAAAUUUAUGGAACGAACCAAUAUGGAGUGUACAAACAGAAUGGUUUUUCUAUCUUGUGUUUCCAUUUCUUCUUCGUCUGAUUCGAUAUUUCUUAAAUACAAGUCAAAUUAGUCUUCUGACGAAUAGAAAUGACAAGAAAAAGGCAUUGAAACGAUUAUAUUUGAUGUGGUUUUUAGUUUUAUGUAUGUCUGUUAUACCUGUACCAUUUCAAUUCAGACCACUCGAGAUAGGUGAACAUAAACGCACCACAGAUCCUUAUGAUUUAACAGUAAUACUGUACAUAUCACCUUUAACAAGAAUUCCUGAAUUUCUUCUUGGAAUGCUUACAGGUAUUAUUUUCAUAUUAAAAUCAUCGCCAGAUACACAUAUUAAUCAGUCGGAUACGAAUGUAAGCUUAAAUUUAGUAUCAAGCGAUGAUCAACAACCAGACACGAAAUUCUCGUCAUCUUUAUGUUCAAAUUAUAAUCGUUAUUGUUUCAUAUUGGAUAUCUAUUUCCUCAUCGGAAUAUUAUUUUUUAUUUGCUCAUCACCUAUAUUCUACUUUUAUGAAUUUGUCGAAUAUCAUGCUAUACUACGUAUGGGAUCAUUAAUGUCCUUCAUGAUGUGUACCUAUCUAUAUUUGUCUGCCAGAUAUCCUUCAUCAUUAACAUCGAGAUUAUUAACAAGAGCAUUGUUAAUCAAAAUGGGUGAAAUAUCCUAUGCAUUCUAUUGUCUAAGUGAAACAUUACCUAAAGUGUAUUCACUUUUAGUAGGCAUUAUGAUUGAAAAGAGUAUAAUUAUGAAAUUAUUUGCUGGUAUUGGUAUAGCUGUAUUUGCUCGUCGUUUUAUUGAAAUGCCAUUUUACACAUGGGUAAACAAGAAAUUACUGAGAUGUCAGUGCAGAUAA